AUGUUAGAAAUGAAUUUAUCAACUAGAAUGAUACAAACUAAUCAUUCAUUGUUUUUUUCUAUACACAAUAAACCUUUAACACAUUUUACCACUGAACCAGUUGAGAUUUAUUUACCAAGUAUUAUUGCUUCUACAAUCUUUCUUAUAACUAUUGCUAUAAUUGGAAUCAUAGGGAAUAGUCUUGUUAUAUGGGCAUUUAGAAAACAAGUUAAACAAGGUAUUAUUUCUGGUUUAUUUAUACUAUUGCUAGCUUGUAAUGAUUUAUUUAUUUGUCUUAUUGUAAUCCCAUGUACAUUAUAUUUAGAUAUAUGGACAGGUGAUACAACUGAUUGGAUAUGUCGUAUACAUUUAACAAUGAAAGGAUUUGUUGUACCUAUUUCAGCAUGUAUAUUAAUGUUAAUAGCAAUGGAAAGAUUUUUAUUAAUUUGUUUUAUACCUGGUAUACAAAUGCAACGUACACAGAUUGUAUUAUCAUUAGCCAUUAUAUUAUGGAUUGGUUUAUUAUGUGCUAUCCCAAUGGGAUUACAUGUACGUGCUAUUGAUGUGUUUAAAGAACGUGAUGAAUUAUUAGAUUUAAAUACACUGAAGUAUGGAUUAUCAACCUUGGAAAAUGAUGAAUGGCUUAAUCAAUUACGUGUAUCCAAACGAUGCGAUAAAGAUGAUACAUACAUUAAUGAUCAAUUAUAUUGGUAUCAUCAAAUAUGUGUACUCUUAUUAUUUUUAGUAUUAUUUCUUGGAACAGCUGGUGUAUAUGCUUUAAUAUUUCUAUUUGUUUGGAGGCAUGAAUCAUUUAUGUAUGAGAAAUAUGGUAAUUCAAAAAUGAAAGGUAAUUGGGUACGUAUUCAUGCUACACCGAAUUCUUCAACUGAUAUGAAUGUUACCAAAUGGAAUUCUAUUAAAAAACGAAUAUCAUUUCGUAAAAAGUUGAAAGAAUCAAAUAGUUUACAAAAUGAACAAGAAGAUAAACAAAACUCUAAUAUCUUUGAACAUGAUGAAAAACAACAAUUGGAACUUCAGAAUGGUCAACAACAUCGACAGAGUUGCUAUGAACAAGGGUCCAAUUUAUCACAACCUCAAUCAAAUCUACAACAACAUACAUUGGGAAUUCAUCCAACACUAACAGAUAUGACAACAUCGAUAAGUUUUGUCACGUCUAAUUUAGAUAGAAUAAGUUGUGUAUGCUUAUGUGAAAGAAAUGAUAACACUGAAUUUAUUCAAACUAGUCAGUGUUCAAUUCCUAAAGAUCAAGAGUUCCAUGAUCGUAAUAGUGGUAAAGACAAUGAACAGUCACAUUGUAUGACACAUUUGACUAG